CAGUCAUCUCCUCCUGCUAGUGCCGACAGGACGUGGAAAUGCUUUCCCUGUGGAGCCUCCUGCUGGGGGCUUCGGUGAGCUGCGCCUGCGCCUCCACCCUCUACGUUGGCGAUGACUGUGCUGUGAAGGACACGAUCCGGUUCGAGAAGCUGCUUUUCGGAUCCAUCAAGUUCACCGCCCACGCGCCCUCCAACGGAAGCGUCUUCACGGCAAAGGUGGCCUGCAACAGCGAGCACUGGUACCACGACACCUUCACCGUCACACACAGUUCCGUCACGCUCCACCGGUUCCACGCAUCCGGCGAGGAGAGCGUGACGUACCCUGCGCCCGAGGUGGAUGAAGGCUGGAUCGAGUUCCACAUCAAAUUCGGCAAAACCUACGAACUGGGCGAUGCUCGAGGCCGCUCAUGGAUCCCCGAAGGUUUUGGUUUGAAAUGCGACGUCGGAAGCAUCGACGUAAGCGAAGGGACGUUCACGGCCUCCUGCCCUCAGGGAACCCCCAGGUGGGAGGUCGAGGGCGAGAGGUGCGCCCACGUCCCCGUGCCUGCCUCUGAGGACGAGCGGAAGCUGGACCUGUCGCUGGCGUCGAGGUACUUCUUCAGUCCUGUGUUCUUCCUCGAGGAGGCACAGGUCCAUCUAGGGACGAGUGGAGGAGGAUCUGUGACGGCCUCUGGGACCAGGCUGUCUCCGCUCCCGCCGUCGACACAGCGGGUUGUGCUCUCCUUUGGGCCUGAAGGAGGCAAGGUGUCUGUCAAGGUGUUGAUGGCAGGUGAGAUGCUGCAUAUGCUGACCCUGAGGAAAGAGCCACGAGAAGUGAAGGUGUGUGGAGGGAAAUCGACGAAGUUGAUGCUGGUGCUGAACUUAGAGACUAAGCGAACGAAGAAAGAACCUGGAGGUCCUACUUUCAAGACAAAACUGAGGCUGGAGUAUGUUAUUGGCGGAAUGGGGGCGUUGGUGGUGAUGCUAGUUGCCUGCUUGGCGGUCUCACUCUUUCGUCGAUCACGUGCCAACCAG